CAUGGGCCACACGGCCCAUGAUCGACUAGUCUAUUAGAUCUCAAAUUCUCAAUCAUUAGUUGGUUAUAAAAUUAUUCUUUUGCCACCCAAAAUCCCUAAUAGAGGGAGGUGGGAGAUGAAGGGAAAAGGCAAAGGAAUCGAAAGGGAAAUCCCAACUUCCAUUUCCAACUGUUAAACUCUUGUCCGAAUAUCAGCUCUUCUCCUCCUUCCUCUACCCACCAAACUCAUCAAUGGCUUCCAUCAGAAUCACCUCUUAUCGAGAUCGGACGGCGGAAUUCCGAUCAUUAUCAGAAACAUUGAUGAAGAUCGAGGGCAUUUCCGCCGCCGUCAAUUCCGCCGGAAUUCAUCCAACUACGGCGAACCAAUCGGCGGAGCAAACGCCCUCGUCGUCUACUAGAUCCGAAUUCAAUACGAAGGCUUCUCGAAUCGGGUUGGGUAUUCACGAAGCUUCUAGGAAAAUCGCCCGCCUUUCCCAAAUGGCAAAGACGUCUUCUAUGUUUAACGAUCCUACGAAAGAGAUACAAGAGCUCACUGCGUUGAUUAAAGACGAUAUUACGGCACUCAAUGUAGCAGUUGCAGAUCUACAAAAUCUUCAAAACAGUGAAACAACUAAAAGUUAUUCAGAUGAUAAGGCCAUUCAUGCAAAUGCUGUUUGUGAUGACAUAAAAAACAGACUGAUGGCAGCUACAAAGCAGUUCCAGGAAGUAUUGACUACUAGAACAGAGAAUAUCAAGGCCCAUGAAACCAGGAAACAGUUAUUUUCAGCUAAUGCAUCUAGAGAUAAUCCGUUUCAGCGUUCUGCUAAAGCCAUAAAUGAGCCACCUCCAUGGUCGAAUUCAUCAAAUGUCUCUGCAAGUGUGCAACCUACCCUCAGACAAUCAUCAAGUGGAGCUCAGUCCGGGAGUCAACUUAGGCGGAGAAUGGGUACCGAGACUAUACCAUCCAACAACAUGGAAAUGUCUAUGCUUCAGCAAGCUGCUCCUCAGCAAGAGAAUCAUUAUCGUGCCACAGCUCUCCAGAAUGUAGAAUCUACAAUCUCAGAGUUAAGUGGGAUCUUUACGCAUCUGGCUACAACGGUUGCGCAUCAGGGGGAGCUUCUAAUUAGGAUUGACGAUAACAUGGAAGAGUCCCUGAGCAAUGUGGAAGGUGCUCACAGUGCUUUACUGAAACAUUUAACUCGUAUAUCAUCAAACAGGUCCUUGCUAUUCAAACUAUUUGGUGUUUUGAUUUUUUUCUUGGUGGUGUUUAUCUUCUUUAUUGUUUAGUUUGUAAAAAACUUUGCACUACUAGUUUCUGGGAUUCGUCACAUUCUUUAUUUAGUUCCCAUCUGAAAUACCAACCUUUUUGUAUCUAUUAAGGAUGCAUUACCAAUUUACCAUGUCAUGUAAAUAGAAAUAGGUUCCUGAAUACGAGUAUUUGAUUUGAGAGAAACAUUUUUUUGUAAGCAGCAUUUCUGAAGUUUUACAGCAUAUCAAAAGCAAAUUCUCUUUUAAUGCA